AAUAAUAAUAGUGAUAGUAAUGCUAAUAAUAAUAUAAUUGAUAUCAAUGGACCAACUAUAUUGUUUAAAAAUUUAAAUGAAAGUUUAGAAAAGUUAAUAGAAAGUUUAAUUAAAAAUGAUAGAGAGAAUCAAAUAUUUAUCGAAGAUACAUUAGAUAGAAAGAUUGAUACUUUAUUAAAUAAUUCAAAGAAAUUAGAAAGUUAUUUUGUUUCAUUACAAAAUAAAUACAGCGAAGAAAAAAAUAAAAUUCAAUUAAAACAAGAGUUAAUUAAAGUCAAAAGAGAAAUUGAAAAUAAAGAUAGAUUAAUAGAAAAAUACAAAUAUAAAGUUAAAGAAUGGAAAUCACAUUUCGAACCAUUAUAUCAAUCACAAAACCAUAUUUUACAUUCAUCAGCUCAAGGUUUAUCAGGUGUAGAGAAUCAAUUCUCUCCAGUAUUUACUCCAAUGCCAAGCACCCCAAGCAUUCUAUCAAAUCUAUCACAACCUAAACCCUCACCAUCUUUAGGUUUUGGUUCAACAAUUUUAUAA